GCUGGUUGCCAGGGCCUCAGGUGAUGUGGAUCCGGAAGCAGGAAACAGGCUGAGCUCUGGACUGGGGAGCGCCAGGUGGCUCUGGCUGGAAUGAGUCUGUCCAUGGAGGAGCUGGAGGCCACAGCUCAGGAAGUGCUGGGGCGACUGAAGAGCCGCCAGCUGUUCCAGUCUGAGUGGGACACUGCCGCCUUCGUGGUCUUCCUCACUUUUGUGGGCACUGUGUUGCUCCUGCUGCUGCUAGUCAUUGCUCACUGCUGCUGUCACUGCUGCUGUGCCUCCCCGAAGCCCCGGAAGGUGAGACCCGGGAAGGAAAGACCCAAGGGAAUGGAUAACUGGGCCAUGGAACCCUAACGUUAGUCCCCUGGCAUGUGUCCUGGCGCCAAAGAAACAAAGCUUGUCUACUGUGA